CAGAGCGCAGCGGAGCCAUGAGCGCGGAGCCCGGGGCCGACGCCGGAGAGUCCCCUCCCGGGGAGCCCCUGCCCGGCAGUGGGGUCCGCAUCGUGGUGGAGUACUGUGAACCCUGUGGAUUUGAGUCCACCUACCUGGAGCUGGCCAGUGCUGUGAAGGAAGAGUACCCUGGCAUCCAGAUUGAGUCACGCCUUGGGAGCACCGGAGCUUUUGAGAUUGAGAUCAAUGGGCAAUUGGUCUUUUCCAAGCUAGAGAACGGAGGAUUUCCCUACGAAAAGGAUCUCAUUGAGGCUAUCCGAAGAGCCAGUAGUGGAGAACCUCUGCAAAAGAUCACCAAUAGCCGCCCCCCUUGUGUCAUCCUGUGACCCUGCAAGGUCUCCAGUUCCCUCCUGGGCCAGGGCUCCUUCCCUAUACCCCUCUGUCCUGGGUGCCUCUCCCAUAUUGGGGUCCUCUCCAUCUUAGCAAAAUCCUUCCUCAUUGGAGAUUAGGAUGAGAGAGCCCAUCUCACUGACCAAGCAUCGGUUCACCCCCAACAACACUCUUGGUCUUAUCAACCUCUCUCCCCACCCCCUCUGUGCUGAGAGAUCCCAGCCUCCCAGCCACUUCUUGGUGAAGCCAGAGGGCAAGAGCUUCAGAGAUUCCAGGUACAAGCCUGGCUGCCAUCUCUCUAGAGAGGGGACGGUUCAACCCAAGCUCAGAGUAGGGGGGAGAAAUGCCCCCCCCAUCACUGCCAUCCCCACGCCCAGUGUUUCAUAGAAACUUCAAAUCUACAAAUGCAUGUACACACACACACACGCACGCACGCACAUACAUGGUGCCUCAAAGAUGCCUGUACCCUCCAUCGCCUGGCAAUGCCAAUGAGAUGCCACCAGACUUCUGAUUGAUUUCCCACACACAAACAACACAUCCCGCUACUCUAGGGAAAAGACCAAUUGUUGGCAAUAAAGUGACGCUGCUACUCUUUCC